UUGCUUCCCAUUAUGUUGUGUGCUGCCGACUGUAUAAGACGUUGUAAAUAUUCUCGCAUAAUAAAGUUGUAUUAGCGCAUGUUAGUGUGUUAUUUAAUGAUCGCCGCCGCUCCGCACAUCAGGAAUAACCACAUCGUAGUUUCCAUACAUGACACACGAGAGCAUGGUCCCGGACUGGUGGACGCUGUGCUGGUCUGUGGUGUCGGGCGUGCUGGUGCUGGCCGCCCUCCGCUGGUACCGCCACCACACGCACUUCUCGCGCCGCGGCCUGCCCCACGCACCGCCUCUGCCCUUCGUCGGAAACAUGCUGGACAUGGCGCUCGGCAGGAAGUCUCGGGCAGAUCUCUCGAUCGCACUGUACAACAGGUUCCGGAAAUAUCAGUACGCAGGAGUCUACUUCUUCGGGACGCCCUUCGUCAUGGUGACGGAUCCAGAGAUCAUUCGCACCAUUACCGUCAAGGAUUUUGAUCACUUUACCGACCACAACGACAUGAUCAACGCUGACAGCAACGACAAUCUGCUGCAGAAGAUGUUAAUCUCCUUGAACGGAAAGGAAUGGCACGACAUGCGGACCACGUUGAGCCCAGCAUUCACUACGACGAAGAUAAAGAACAUGUUCGUGCUGAUGAAGGAGACUGGACAGCAGAUGGUCAAUUAUUUAUCUGAGAGGACUGCGGAACACAAGGGUUCCAGUGGAAAUGACGUCCUGAUACUGGAGAUGAAGGAAUUUUUCACUCGUGUUACCAACGAUGUAAUAGCUACCACAGCAUUUGGUGUCAGGGUGGACUCGCUGUCGGAACCCAACAACACAUUCUACAGCAUGGGCCGCACCAUCACCAACAUGAAUGCACUUGUUGUUUUCGGCUACUUUGUCUCCCAGAAGCUCAUGAAGCUGUUAAACAUUCCCUUCAUGGACCAAAGGGCGGAGCAGUACUUCAGGUCGGUGGUUGCAGAUACUAUCAAGACGCGAGAUAAAGAGGGAAUCGUUCGUCCCGAUGUUAUCCAACUGUUGAUACAGGCUAGGAGGGGUGAACUAAAGGCAGAAGAGGACGAAGAAAACGGCACCAGUGGAGGCCGGCGUAAGAGACUCACCGACGAAGACGUGGCGGCGCAGGCGAUGCUUUUCUUCUUCGCUGGCUUCGAGACCGUGGCGACCGUGCUGACGUUCUGCAGCUACCUGCUAGCGACGAACGAGGAGGUGCAGCGGCGGCUGCAGAGGGAGGUGGACCAGCUGAUGCAGAAGAGCGGGGGGCAGCCCGGCUACGAGCAGGUCAUGGGCUGCCAGUACCUCGACAUGGUAGUCUCUGAGACGCUCCGGAUGUACACGCCGGGCACUACCUCCGAUCGCAAAUGCGUGAAGUCGUACCGCCUGCCCGCCACCGACAGCUGCCCGGACGGACUCCAGCUGGAGCCUGGAGAUGCUGUCUGGAUCCCCGCGCACGCCCUCCACCACGACGAGAAGUACUUCCCUGACCCCGAGCGCUUCGAUCCGGAGCGCUUCAGCCCGGAGAACAAGCACCUCAUCAAGCCCUUCACCUACAUCCCGUUCGGUGUUGGACCUCGUAUUUGCAUUGCCCAGAGGUUCGCGCUGCUGGAGAUGAAGGUGGUGCUCGUCUACCUGCUGUCCAGAUUCAGUCUCCAGGCGGUCGACAAGACGCCGGUGCCUCUCAAGAUCGACCCGAAGAGUGUCGCACUGUCCAUCAGUGGCGGCGCCUGGGUGGGAGUCCGUCCGAGAUGUGACUCCCCACUCUCCCCUCCUUUGACUCAUCCGAGCCUUCCGCCAUCUCGUGCGUUGUAUAUCAACAGACGCUCGCUUCGUCCUGGGAAGCUUCGGCAGUUUCAGGCACGCCCCGCGGUUGGCAUUAGCAUGGUCCCGGACUGGUGGACGCUGUGCUGGUCUGUGGUGUGGGGCCUGCUGGUGCUGGCCGCCUUCCGCUGGUACCGCUUCCACACGCACUUCGCGCGUCGCGGCCUGCCCUACGCACCGCCGCUGCCCUUCGUCGGAAACAUGCUGGACGUGCUGAUCGGCAGGUGGUCUCUGACUGAUCACGUCAUCGUACUGUACAACAAGUUCCAGAAACAUCGAUAUGCGGGAGUCUACUUCUUCGGAAACCCCCUCGUCAUGGUGAGGGAUCCGGAAAUCCUUCGCACCAUCACCAUCAAGGAUUUUGAUCACUUUACCGACCACCUUGACAUGGCAAAUGUCGACAAGGAAGAUAUUCUGCUGCAAAAGAUGUUAAUCACCUUGAAAGGAAAGGAAUGGCACGACAUGCGGACCACGUUGAGCCCGGCAUUCACUACUACGAAGAUAAAGAACAUGUUCGUGCUGAUGACAGAGAUUGGACAGCAAAUGAUCAGUUAUCUUUCUGAGAAGACAGCUGAACACAAAGGUUCCAGUGGAAAUGACGUCCUGACACUGGAGAUGAAGGAAUUUUUCACUCGUGUUACCAACGAUGUAAUAGCCACAACAGCAUUUGGUGUCAGGGUGGACUCGCUGUCGGAACCCAACAACACUUUCUACAGCAUGGGCCGCGCUAUGACCAAUGUGAAAGCGCUUGUUGCUUUUGGUUACUUUUUCUCGCCGAAGCUUAUGAAGCUGUUGAACAUUCCGUUCUUCGACCGAAGGGCGGAGCAGUACUUCAGGUCGGUGGUUGCAGAUACUAUCAAGACGCGAGAUAAAGAGGGAAUCGUCCGUCCAGAUGUUAUCCAGCUGCUGAUGCAGGCUAGGAGGGGUGAACUGAAGGCAGAAGAGGACGAGCAGAACGGCACCAGUGGAGGACGGCGUAUGAAACUCACCGAAGAAGACGUGGCAGCGCAGGCGAUGUUUUUCUUCUUCGCUGGCUUCGAGACCGUGGCGAGCGUGCUGACGUUCUGCAGCUACCUGCUGGCGACGGACGAGGAGGUGCAGCGGCGGCUGCAGCGUGAGGUGGACCAGCUGAUGGAGAAGAGCGGCGGCCAGCCCGGCUACGAGCAGAUCGUGGGCAGCCAGUACCUCGACAUGGUCGUCUCUGAGACGCUGCGCAUGUACACCCCUGGCUCUGCCUCCGACCGCAAGUGCGUGAAGCCGUACCGGCUGCCCGCCACGGACAGCUGCCCGGACGGACUCCGGCUGGAGCCUGGAGACGGCGUGUGGAUCCCGGCGCACGCCCUCCACCACGACGAGAAGUACUUCCCUGACCCCGAGCGCUUCGAUCCGGAACGCUUCAGCCCGGAGAACAAGCACCUCAUCAAGCCCUUCACCUACAUCCCGUUCGGCGUUGGACCUCGUAUUUGCAUUGCCCAGAGGUUCGCACUGCUGGAGUUGAAGGUGAUGCUCAUCUACCUGCUGUCCAAGUUUACUCUCCGCGUGGUCGACAAGACGCCGGUACCUCUGCAGAUCAAGCCGAACAGCCUCAUGCUGUCCAUCAAAGGUGGCGCCUGGCUGGGAAUCAGUCCCAGAUUGUGAAGCAUUAAAAAGUGAUUGGAAGAGCCAAAGCUACCUGAUAUAUACUCUGUGAUUUGCACUUAAGCAUAACUUAAUUCACCCUUAGGUGCUACUGAAUUACCGAGGUCCGCAUAGACUCUGACUUCCCUGACGAUGAUAGUGUAUCUUGAUGGCAUGGACUCCGCAAAAAACAAAAGCUUGCAGCAGAAGGUAGAUAGUGCCACUGAGGUGACUGGUCUCUCAGAUUACGCUUUUUCAAGUCUGUAGAGUGUGAGACACCAAUUACGUAGCGUCCUACGAUUUAAUACGUUCUAUUCCUGAGGGGUAGGGGGAUGAGCUUGUGGCAAACAUCAUCUACCAACACGUCUGUGUAUAAUUUAUGUGUUACCGCCGGUAUCAGAUGAGCUACGAGUUCCAAUACUUCCAACACACCACACCCAGUGCAAAUAGAACCAGUUCACACGAACUCAGCAGCUUUUAGCUACUCAGUAACCGAACUCCACAACUGUUCCAAAACCGGCCAUACCGCUAGUACACGAACGUCGCAACCGGCAGCAGAUUUUCGAUUUUCUCUUGGUCACUCCCCGAACCACUUCACUGAGACAUGUUGUGGGUAUGUAACAACGUUAAGCUAGUAAAUAAUACUACAUUAUCAUCACAAAAUUGAGAAGAAAGUACUUUUUGUCAUGAAUAUCCUAAACAGCAAAAGGAAGUUGAAAAAGCUUCCAGAGGAAGUAACUUCUACAAGUGUUUCACUAUUAUGGGUGCAAACGACAGGGGUGCGUAGAGAACUAUGAUAUCAGUAAAUAAUUCCAAUAAAUAUAGGUCCGGAAACGAACUAUUUCCCCGGUACAACUUACACGACCGAGUACAUGAAUACCUGAGUCCCUCAGGAUCCAAGCAGCAUAUACAUACACGAGGGCAAACACAUUGCAAUUGUUUGACAUGACCACCGUUCAUGUGAAAACAAGCUUGAGCACGUCUCCUCAUCGAUGCCCAUACAGGUUAAAAAGUCCCAGGCAUAUCCCGAAUACUUUGACAACCAUCCCCUAGCUCAUCAACACUAUCAGCAGGGCUAAAAUACACCAAAGCUUAUAAGUAUAGACCACAUAAAAUUGUACACGUAGACUUAGAUGUUUACAGUGUUGUAACAUUGAGAUGACUGCACUUGUACAACAUCGUAUCGGGAAAAGAACUGGUAUCGGAACCUGUGUUUACUAGGAUUAUUUGCUUGUUUCAAUCUUCUCCAUGCGCCCCUUUGGUUUGUACAGUGGAACACCCUGUAUAACAACGAGCUUCAAGUAUAAUAACGAGCUUAUAUUCGGAAGGUAUGUUUAAGCUAAGGAUAGCAUUUAAAUUAUGUAAGAGCCAUAUUUCAGUUUGCGCAGACUGCCCAUUUCGUCAUUGCUGAGCUCUGUUCUGAAUGAAUACCUGUCUUUCUCUGAUAUGGCACGGGACCGGAGCCGACAAAAUUUAGUGUACUGUACGAGUCUCUUUGUACUCUUCUCAAAUUUCUCACAAAAAUCUGUGUGUUAGAGUGAAACGAUUCAAGCAAACAGUUAAAACAAGAAUGAAAACUCUCUCUGUCAUCUGUACUUCUCCAAAGUGCAGACGACUCGUCUGCCCAAACACACAAACGCGCUCUUCUACCUGAAGAAGGUACGCUAUUCGGGUAUAGGGUUAAUGAAUUCUCUCUUGACCUUUUAUGUAUUGCGUAGUUCCUGUGUGCCCAAUACAGCUGGAACUCCAGCGACAAACAAUUGGUUUUCGACGUUCUGUUUGCUGCUGUCGACAUGUGGCAACUGUGAAGCGUGGAUAACAUAGGUACUAUUGGGGAACGGUAGCGUACGUAGUUCGUGGAGAGGAGAUGAUGCGUAGUAGAGUUUCAUAUACGCUGUUGCCAUGGAACAAAGAAUCGGCGGCUGGUGUGCGGUACAGCAACUGCUCCACUUGCUGUUAGCGAUUUUGUGUAGCCUACGAUGACUUCUGACAAUUACGCGUUACAAUAACAGAUGAGACUGUGGUGGUGGAUUGAUCUGAGUCCAAGUUUUCGCGGUAGACUUUUGAUAUGAGGGCACACGAAAUACGAUUGCUUGAACGACAUUAGGAACUGAGAGGUCUGUGGCUAUCAGAGGAAGAAGUGACACAGCUCACUGUCGUACAACGCAUUAAAGUAGAUUUGUAAAGACUAUUGAGUUUCUCAAAACGCACAUUCUCCCGUGGCAUUACCUUGUGCCGCCUCUGUUAGGCAAAAGACAACGUCGCUGUGACCCAACGCACAAUGCUACUUCCUACUGCCCUCCCAGCGUUUAAAGCUGAAAAUAGGGAGAACCAUAAGUAACAAGCUUCUGUAUCCCGCACAACACUCGAGCAUUUGAUUUGUUGUUGCAAAACGAGUAAGAGUGUAGUUUUAGUUAACACUGCUCUAAGGAUAGAUUAACUUAAAAGCAUUAUUUUUGGUAAUAAAUUAUUUUUCUAACAAUGUCUCAAAGACAGCUGAUUUAAUGUGUGUGUUACAGCUAUGAUGAAAUGUAAUGUAUUCUAUUAUUUAUCAAUAAAAUA